CUCGCCCCCCUACCGCCCCCCUCAGUCCCGGUCCCAGGACGUAGCCGACACCCACUACCAGAGGUCCCUGUCUGCCGACGCAGGAGAGCUGCUGUCCUCUGACCCCAAUCCGCUCUACUCCACAGUGCGCCCCCCUGUCUGUGUGGAUGACCGAGGGAGAGGAAAACGCGACAGAGACUGCAGCAGAUACAGGACACUGCCAGGGAGAGAGGACUCCAGGACAGGUGUGUGGGAGUGUGCACAUGUCUGAUACGGACACCCUGUCCUCUGAGACGUCUGACUCUGUGGCGUCCAACUCGGAGCUGUCUGGUGGGAGCGCCUCUGGAGACGACCAGACCCCCAGCCCCAUCUACAAGAACCAGAAGCAGCUGCCCCAGUCACAGCCCCCCAAACCAGGCCAGUCUGGGGAGAGACCAAGCCCCACUGAAUCCCAGUCUCAGAGGAGGCCCCCAGCCUACUCACGCCAGUUCUCUGCCCCUCACCUCCAACAGAAAUCAACCUCCACCCAGUCCAAGCCGUCCUCAGCCCAUCCCCAGCUCCUGCACUCCAAGUCAGAGUCCCCUCUGACUCAGGUCCGUGCCUUCCAGCCCACCCGCCCCAAAGUACCCCCUAAGCCCCUGGAUCUGAAGCGUCCCCAUAGAGCACCACUGGCCCAGACUGAGAUGCGUCGCUCCCUGGACUCAGGGCGCGUCAGGCGGAUCUUUGGUCAGCAGGGGAACCCUCCUCUGGCCAGGGCCUUCUCAGAGCGUCUGAGUGGAGCUCCAGACCACCUCGCCCGCUACCACGCAGCCAGCCAACCAUUCCCGGGUCAGCAGCUCCCUCAGCAGACUCAGAUCCGGCCCGUUCCCCUCUCCUCCACCUCAGAGGACCAGGGAAAGAUGGAGAACUUCUACUACGAGAUCGCCGGGCCUGAGAACCCGCAGGGCCCCCCCAGCUAUGCCCGCCACAGCUACCAGAACAUGAGGCUGGACCUGGAGGGUAACUUCCGCCCGGCCCCCCACCCAGAGGCCAACAAAAGGCCCAUCUCCCGGGGGCAUCACCAACACCAACCCCAGCCUCUCCACCACAACCAGGGUGGACCCAGAGGGGAGAGGGGGCCCCAGCUCUGGUCCAAAGAAGCCACGCGGGCUUGGGCAGCUGCCCACUCCCAGUCCCACUCAUUCUUCCACGGACACUCCCACUCCCAGGACGGCUCCACCCACCACCAUCACCCCUCUCACCCCCGGCCCCAGCGCCAGACCUCCUCCUCAGUCCGGCUGGCCCGUAGUGAGAUGCACCCCCUACCCUCCUCCUCCAUGGUUCCCCUGGCGCUCUACCAACACAACCUCCACCGCUCCAACAGGUCAGCCUCCACAGACCUCACCUCCUCCCAGCUACACCCCUAUUUUGAAAACGGGAAAGUGUGCUAUCGUAAGCCAGAAGAGGCUCCUCUGAGCCAGCCUCCCCAGGGCAUCUCUCUCCAGGGUCAGCCAUCCCAGCCCUCCCCUCCCCAGGCCCACAGACCAACCUCCAAGGACCUGUCUGAGCCCAUCUACGUCAACUUCCCUUUCCCCAGCCCCUCUACUGGGGCCCAAAACACGAAGAACUGGACCAGCACAGACCUGGAUGGAGACUCUACACAGGAUUCUGAACCUCUUGCCACGCCAAACGACCCCCCUCCCCCAGAGGACCAGAGACAAUCCUCUCCCCGCCUGGCCCCUGACCAGGGAGGCUCCACCAGUGUUAGCCUUACCCCCUCCACUCCAGACAGCCCAGCCGCCCACAACGACUCGGCUGCAACGACCCCAGGGAGCAUCCAGGAGAGCAACUUCCUCCCAGCUCCCACAGCGUCUUCAUCGACAGGGAUCCACUACCGCAGCCGCUCAGACCCCCAGAGCUCCAGCUGCAGUACGGAGCCCAUCCCGGGCCUGUCGGGGAAGGAGAUCGCCUCCCUGCUGAUAGAGAAGCUGGCUGAGGAGGAGAGGGCUGAGGGUCCCUCCACAGUCACCUCCUCCUCUGCCUCCACCAGCUCCUCCCCUGCCAUGGAGCACCCUGCCAACCCCUACCCCAGCCAGCAGCACAACCAGCCCCCGCCUGCCUAUAAUGUCUACACACCGGACCCCUCACUGAUCAGGGUUCCUCAGAGGGCCGGGGCAGGGGUCUUCCAACGCCAAGACCCGCUCCGGAGGUCCUCGCCGGGGGGCCAGUACAGGCAGGCCUUUGACGUCAUGCCCUCAGGCGAUCAGGUGCUCAAAUACUACCGGACCCAAGACUUUACCCCUGGGCCCCUGGGAGAGCAUCAGAGCUCUGGCGCUAACCCCUACCCCCCUCGGCAGCACUAUCAAGAGCCCCCCUACCCCAUCCAGAGCCCCCAGGACCCCUGCUCCUCCGGCUACCCCAGCCAGCUGCUCUUGGAGCCCUCAGACUCCCCGUCUGCAGCCUUCUCCAACCUGACGCUGGGAGUCCCCAGGCCCUACCCCGGCCAGCCAGGAGGCCCCCAGUACAGCCAAUACCCAUUCCAUCCUGGCCCGAUGCUGGGCCAAUACCCCAACCCUCCCCCCCGCAGAGAUGUGGUCCACGAGCCGGUGCUGCGGCCGCAGGGUCUGAGGAACCAGAGAGGGCUGGCACGGCAGGGCAGCUUACCUGGACGACCACCCAACUGGACCAUCCAUACUGAGGGUCAGACACGCAGCUACUGCUGAGGAGGAGCGCAAAGUAGACUUUUACACACUGUACCCUAUCAGACUGAAUGUGAAAGAGAGAGCGAGAAAGAGCUAGGAAGUGACCAUGUAAAACACUCAUGGUCCACAGAGAAAGGGAACAGGACGAUAGAAAGCCUUCCUGGAAGCGUGAGACAACCAGUCAUGUUUAGAAAUGGGACCACGGGCAAGGUAUUCUGGAGUAGCUAGACAUAAAGUCUAGUGUUCUGUUUGAACAUUCCCUGGGGCCUAUCACCAUUUCACACCUGCAACCACUGGACCCAUGAGGAAGAAGAGAUCAAAGAGAUGAACCGAAAAGUGGCUUAGAUUUGAAAACAUUCCAGAGCAGACUGUUGUUGUGAGUGUGGAGAAAGAAAGGCAAAUGGCUGCCAGGGUCUUUUCUGGAUCAAAAUGUGCUUAGGUGGUGGGCGUGGCCAAUGGUGCGGUGGCCGAGCAACCAUUUUAGAGGCCCUUCUGUUGGCCGCAGUGACAGAAUGUAGCAGUUUUAAAGCACAUUUUCUCCAAUUCAAAAAAACUAUUGUGGCCCCAUGCCAUGACAAAAACAUCUGGGGGCCCCAUGCCAUGACAAAAACUCAUGAAUGCAUCAUUUUAUGAAUUGUAGAUUCUCCCUGAGUCUAGCUUUUAUUUUAGUUAUGGUUAGUUCUCAAAGAUGAUCUUAUUAAAAAAUAUAUAGGUCCAUUAUCUCUUUAGUAAUUUAAGUUUACACUGAAAAAGUUUUAUCCCGACAAUGAUUUAUUAUAUAAAAAUUCAAUAUAUAUACAUACAGUACCAGUCAAAGGUUUUGACACAGCUACUCAAGCAAGGGUUUUUCUUAUUUUCUACAUUGUGGAAUAAUAGUGAAGACAUCAAAAUAUGAAAUAACACAUGGAAUCA